GGAGCGCUAUGGACACAGUCUACACGAAUCCAGUAGGAAUCUCCACUAAACACAUGAAUACAACUCCAGCGAGCAAACCCACGAUUCGAGAGUGUUAGAGGAGACAUCGGGCGGCCCGGUUGAGGAUGGAGUGUGCAUUUGACGCACAGAAUCUGAUCUCCAUUUCACUGAGGAAAAUCCAAAGCUCCAGGACGCAGAGAGGAGGCAUCAAGCUCCACAAGAACUUGCUGGUAACGUACGUCCUGCGAAACGCCAGGCAGUUUUACAUGAGCAAAAACUUGUCGCAGGCGCAGAGGACGCAGCACUAUGAGGACGUGGCCGCAGUCCGUGACAGGCAAGAAUACCUGGAAUUGACUGGGAGCUUUACGGAGUUGGCCGAUGACUUCUACUGCAACUUUACUGGGGUUGAGUCGGACACUUGGCACUGCGGAGCGCACCAGCCCGGCGGCCAGCCUGCAGAGCUGGCGCACCAGGACGCAUCGGCGUGCGCAAUGGUUCCAGCAAGCGACUCCGAGCUCAUGGUUCCUGAAGCCUGCUGGAGCUGUGCGGACAAAUCAUCCUGGGACUUACCUGUCCCCAACACGCAGGCCAACCAGAAGACGGUGCUCGACCUGGACACGCAUGUGGUGACUACUGUCACCAAUGGAUACUUCCACUCAGACUGUUGCGCGCAGCCGAGGCAGCCGCAGGGCGCGCACUGCUACGCCAGGAAGCGGAAGAUGGACACAAGUUAUCACAUUGUUGAUCCAGAGUUUUAUUUACCAGACUUUGGGCAGGUGCCAUGUAAGAGAAUGAGGAGUGACGAGGACUCUUACUCAGACUCGGACAGCACGAACAUCUCCAACCUGAUCUCAGUGCUGGGCUCAGGUGGACUCUCUGACUUUGUGAGUUGGCAGCAGACGGACCUUGAGCAAAUAUUCGCCGCGCAAACAAUCUGUAUAAAACACACACUGUUGACAGGCAGCGGCUGGACCAGAGCCAUCGAGGCGUUUUGAUUUGUAUGACUGAUUUUUUUCUUUGUAUUGCUUAUUUUAUUGCUUUCAAAUAAACCAUGACACGACUGCAAUCCUCUCUCUCUGUCUGUCUUCUGUUAUGGGAAGAGAAUGUUGAUGUACAGAGCAAUUACAAUCAUUCUGAAUGACUUUUAUGCAUUAACACUCCAAGUGUCCAUUCAUAUGACUUCAGAUUAAAUGCACCUUUCGUUUAAACUGAUGUGUGUGCUGGGUAGUUGCAGGGGGCUGCAGGAGUCUGUCUUUGGUUUGUACAUUUCCUGAAGGAAUGAGUUUGCCGCUGUUUCUCUGUAUAGAUGUUUGACGAGCGCCACCAUGUGGCCUCUACAGAGCUGUGCAGGCUCAUGCACCAAACACAGA